UCGUUCAAUAUACAGCCAAAGAUUGAAAUAUUCUACCUCUUUUAUAUAAGUGUGAUGGGAAAAUCCUUCCCUUUAACACUUUAUUUCUAGAGGGGAUUGAAUUGUUUUGGUUAUAUUGAGCCACCUUUGCAAGUUUAUAAUAAAAUUUCAGGUGACUGUGUCAUGUUAGAAUUUACGUAAAAUAUCUUUAGAUUUUACCCCCUGUAAAUAUGCACAUUCCAGUUUAUCUGUAAAGCAGAAAUGAUGGUUCUCUGCUUCAAAAUUAGGGGGGGAUCAAUUAAACAUACAACUAAACACUGUAAUAACCAACCAAAAAUGUAAAAUGAAAAAAAAAUCAAUCAGAAAAAUCGAUCUAUCAGAUACAAGUUAACACCCGUCUUACUUUUUUUUUUAUAUAUAACAAAGACAAACAUGUAUUGGUGGUUAUUUCAGGACUCUAGAAGCUCAAUGUAUCCACAUGAUACCGGUAGUUCUGACAGCAGCGAGCCAGCUGAUCCUGACCAGACAAUUAGAAGAGGUAGAGGUAGAGGUAGAGGUAGGGGCCGGGGUCGUGACACCCUCAGGGGUGUAAGAGGGAGGGGCAGAGGACCAAGGAGAGCUUCAAGAGGAAGAGGUCAACCACGCAGGGGAGCUGCUGAUGGACCCAACAGAGCUCAGGUAGCAGCAGCUACUUUAGAGGAGAGAAAUCGUCAAUUGCAGGAUAGAAUUUCUCGUCUAUCGGAUUGUGACCUGAGGGGACUUGUUGUCGAUAUCGCAUCACAACACCCUGAAUUCGUGUUCGACGUUUUGGACAGGGACGACGGACAGCAUGGCGGACAUCAUCCUCCACCAGAUGGUCCUACCCCGGCCUGGUGUACCUGCACAUAUUGCCGGGAAAUGCCAACGGAAGCAGAGAGACGAUGUUGUGGCAGAACUAGACCAAACUGCUACUCAAGACUGCCUGACUUCUACUUGAUUGUCCUGGACGAGGCAGUUCUUGCAGUGGCAAGAAGGCUGAGGGAGGAGUUGCUCGUCAUGCCCCCUGAUGAAGACCUUAAUAGAGCAAACAGAUUUGCGGCCUACAGGCAGUUCAUAGUCUGGCAACAUGGCAGACUUGGGGCAGGGAUUAGACGUGUGAUACCCAGCUGUUGUGUUUGGCGCAUCCGGGACAAGUAUCCCAAUCCAUUUGGACAAUAUAAAGGUUUCGUUGGGGGGAGGUUCAAUUGAAAUUAAAUUACAUUUGCA